AUGAAUUUUUUUGCACUUUUACUAGCGACUCUUUCUUCGGCGCAAACCGACUCCAACAACUAUCACCACGAGACUAACGGCCUUGAUGGGUAUUUCUGCGACCCGUAUGGUGAUUGUCUACUCUGCGCUUUUGACAGUGAUGGCAAGUUCUACGUUGAUACUAUCAUCGAUAACAAACGACCCUGGGUUGAUGGACCUGACGACGACGAUGAAAAACGAAAGAUGACCCUCAUCUCCAAAACCAAACACGAUCAGCACGUUCCAGAAACUGCCUUCAAGCAAUUCCAUAAGAGCACAUGCGUCGGCGAAGUGAUCGGAAAUGGGAGUAAGGUCCGAUUCCGCAAGAAUGUCAACGAUCAAAAUUGCAAUGACGAGUUCGACUUCAGUCACAUCGUCGACUUUGACAUCGGAUUCGAUGAUUCCUGGCUUGUUAACGAAUUCGGCGAUGAGCGCAUCCUACGGGGCGGCGUUUCCAACCAAUUUCAAUGCCGAUUGAAAGCAUCUGACCACGGCUCGGUCGAUGCCAAUCACUUUAUCGAAGCUAAGCUCGAGGCUAGCGAUGGUCUCCUUUUUAUUUUCAGAGAAUUCACUCGCCAUAAUCACCGCAAAAUUGGCGAGCCACUUACACCUACUCGCAAGAAUCUUCCAGGACAGAAUGGACAUCAAAUGUCAAUUCCGACUUCGAGGUGGCAUACCAAUCUUUGCCAACAUCGUGGCUGUCGAUUUCUAGCGAUGGUCAAGACAUUGACUGGAAAGACCAUUACCCUCGAAGUCGAAGCUUUUGACACUAUUGAAAAUGUCAAAGCUAAGAUCCAGGACAAGGAGGGAAUUCCCUCAGACCAGCAGCGACUCAUCUUUGCUGGUAAGCAGCUUGAAGAUGGCCGAACCCUCUCCGACUACAACAUCCAGAAGGAGUCUAUCAUCCGGACGACUUUAAUACCACCAUUCGUGUGUUGUCCGCAAUAG